AUGCAGACUGCUUCUACAAACAUUUGUGAAAGGCUGUGCAAUAAGUCCACCCGUGAAAUUUCCUUGCUACUAAAUAUUCCACAGUCAACUGUUAGUGGUAUUAUAAUAAAGUGAAAUCAACUGGAAACAACAGCAACUCAGCACCAGGUGGUAGACCACGUAAACUAAAUGAGUGGGGUCAGCGCAUGCUGAAGCGCACAGUGUGCAGAAGUCGCCAACUGUCUGCUAAGUCGGUAGCUAAAGACCUCCAAACUUGCUGUGGCCUUCAGAUUGGCACAACAGCACUGCAUAAAGAGCUUAAUGGAAUGGGUUUCCAUGGCUGAGCAGCUGCAUCCAAG